GAGAUGGAGAGAAUGCAGAAAGAGCAAGAGGAAAGGGAGAGGUUGCAAGAGAAGCAGCAGCUGGACGAGGAGAAGGAAGAGAGAGAGUGGCGAAAAAUGGAGGGAGGAAAGGGACCAAAAGGAAGUGAAGUCAAAGUUUCCUACACAUCCAGGACGUGGGGCGACCGCAGGUCUUAUGAGAACAAUGGAGACAUUGCCCGAGAGAAAACAACAUCCCAACAUGGGUAUGGGAUACACAAGAUGACUCUAAGUGACUCCCCUGAGCCUGAAGAUGAUGGGGAACUAACUCAUCUGGAGGCCGAACAGAAGCUGGAGCAGAUCCGGAGGAGCCAUGAGGAGAAGGAGAACGAGGAGUACGAACGGCUGAGGCGGAGGCAGAGCGAGUCCGAGCAGGAGCUGGAGGAGCUGAAGAAGAAACAGGAGGAGCGUCGGAAGCAUCGGGAAGAAGAGGAGCUAUGCCGACAGCAACAGGAAGAGGAGCAGCAUGCCCGGGAUGAGGAAGAGAAGAGAAGAGUUAAAGAGGACAUUGAGAUACGGAGGAUGGAAGCAGCAGAGAGACGCCAGAAAGUACUCAGCAUUUCGGCCAGUAGCACAGAGGAAGUGUUUGUUCCCCUCAGCCUCAGAAGCCCAACCUUGAAGAAGGAGUUUGGGAUGGAACCAGAAACUACCAGCUUGAUCCUUGAGAGAACGGAGUCCCUGAACCGUUCACUCAAGAAGAGUAACAGUUUGAAGAAGAGCCAGCCGAUAGCCAGUGUACAUAAGAUCGGUGAUCGACUGGAGCAGUACAACACUGCUGUUGAGAGCACCACUAAGUCUCUGAGGCACACCUCACUGGACAUGCCAAAUCCUUUGGAGGACGUCGCCACCAAGAAGAGCAUGUGGGAGACGGGUGAUGCCUGCAACCACUCAUCCAGCAAAGGGGCAUUGUCUAAGGAAACCGAUGGACUGAAAGUGGGCGUCUCUAAUCUCAUUAACCAGUGGAUAAGCAAGCCUUCAGAGCCUGGCACAAAGGCCAGUCCUUCCAAACCAGGGCAGGAGAUUAAACCUGGCGAAGUGCUGAGCAAAAAGAGUAUCUGGGAGAACAAGGCAGAUUUCCAAACCUCCAGCAGUUCACCAGGUGGUGGCAACAACCAGCCUGCUGGAGUGAGGUACAAGUUUGUGGUAACAGGUCACGGCAAGUAUGAGAAAGUCCUCAUCGGUGACGAGGAACAAUAACAACAGCUGCAGUUGAAUAUUACAAGUCAUGAAUAUCAAAGUUGUGGACCCAGCAUCUGGACCAAGAACCAUCGAGCUUAAUAAUGUUACAUAUUAAUUUGUUUUCAUUCGUUUACUUAUAAACCAGUUAAUGUUGCUUAUAUUGUCAUACUGCUAUGUUUCCCCCUCUGCUGCUGCAUUAGUCACAGAUGUGUUUGGUUGAAGAAUGAUCAAAAGAAUGCUCAGAGACACAGAGACUCACCUCAUGGGCAGUAUAGCCCUGGUUUGGUUCAUUCCAGCCCAGACCAAGACCCGGAAUAUCCACCAAUGCCUGUGAGAGAAUCGUGUCUUAAAACGUAACAUCAUACGCAGAAUUGUGCAAAACUCUUCAAUUCCAAUCUUAAUUAAGAAGCCGGUUCUUUUUGUGACGCAGUGCCUUAUCACUCCGUCGAGACGUCUCAAAGCGCUUCACAGGAUUUUACCAUGAAGUGUAGUGACUGUGUACUUUGGUGACAAAUGUGGCAGCCAAUUCUGAGCGCAGUAACGUCCCACAAACAGCCAUGAAGUGAAUGACCUUUUAAGAAAAGUGACUUCCAAAUUGAAAUAAUCCUUACAAAUCCAGACUGAAUUUGAGAGUGUUCCACAAUUCUGUGCAGAUCUUGCAAUUUUAAGACAAAGGAGGGUGUCUCAAAGGUUAAGGUGGAAUUUUAGGCUGCUAUUUUCUGAAUGGGCGCAGUAAUUUAAAAGACACUGAUUUCCUCUGUCUCCCACAUUACACACAAAAGCUCCUCAAAUUAUAUUUCCGAAGCAGAUUGUCUCAAAAGUAAUUCAUCUCAGAGCUUGCCUUCUUCAAUUCAAAGCAUUCUCAGUGUAAAUGUUUUGGCCGGUAUGUUACUGUGGCGAUUCAAAAGCCAGCAUCAAACACUUGAGACCUAAAAUUUCACUGGUUUCAGCUGUAAGGCCAUUUUGUUUUGAAAUUUAAGAAUUGUGGAAAAUCUUAAAUUCAAUCUUCAUUUGAUAGCCGUUUUUCUGCAGCUUAUGAAACUCCAAAUAAUGUCAUACAGCGCUCUCAAUGGCAAGCAAUGGGUCUUUUUUUUAGCUGGUAAAAUUCCAGCAGUUACCCCAACACACACUCUGACGUCCCCAACCCUCAGCUCUUGCCAACCUGUGCCUAAUACUCUCUGGAAUCAUGUAAACAGGAAUGCAUCCCUCCAGGGAGAGCGUGCUUAUUCCAUUCCAGAUACAGGAAAAGGUCCACGUGUAGGUAGCAUACAUAUGUGGAAUGCUCAGUCUGGUUUGGAUACUCUUUAAGCGCAGUGAUGGGGUUCUGCAUGUGUUAGACACCCAGCUGGCCAAAAAAAAACCCUGGCUAAAAUUGUGUGAAUAUUAACUGUAAUGCCAUCUUCCUUCACUCCUCCUGCGUAGACAAAUAGCCAGGCAGCACUCACUGUUUCGCCUUACAGGUGAUGAAUGACACUUAGCUGAGGAAGUCUAAAGGGAACCCGUCGUUUUGGUCGAAGUCACUUGCUGAUGAAAUGGCUGAAGGGCGGGAGAAAUAUACUCCACAAUUCAUGUUCCGAGGGAGUUUGGCAACACCCAGGACCUGGUGCUAUUCAGACCAGCCUGCAAAAGGCUUUUAUCCAAUUUGGUCAAUACUGGAAUUCAUUCUGAAGAUCCAACUGGAGUCAAACAGGGCCGCACUGAUGGGCCACCUGCACAACAGUUUACUGUGCUUGUAAUUUUGUAUGUCGCUUGUCAUAUAAUUGCUUCUCCUCAGUGUUCUGUCAGAAUCCUAACAAUGAAUGAGCCUUUCUCUGGAA